AUGCCUUCCUUAGACUCUCUUGAUUCCUUCCUCUUUUCUCUCAGCUCAGACAUUUAUUCUCCUUUUGGAAUUUUCAUUCAAAUUCAGGGAUGUGUAAUUUGCUUACUCCUAGCUUUUGGGUGGGCUGCAGCUGCUUAUGUCAGGAAAAGAGAGAUAAGAAGAAUAAGGAGGAGUAUGCAGAAUGGAAAUAGCUUUGCUUUCAUUUGUCAGGAUAUCAAUGAACUUGAGCAUUCCAAUCAGGUUAAUUUGCCAAGAGUAACAGUAAUUAUGCCACUAAAAGGGUUUGGUGAACACAAUCUCCAUAAUUGGAAGACUCAGUUAACAUCUUUAUAUGGUGGUCCUCUAGAAUUUAUUUUAGUGGUAGAAAGUACAGAGGAUCAUGCUUACAAUGCUGUAUCAAGACUAUUAUCAGAAUUUGAGGGUUCUGUUGAGGCUAGGGUACUUGUAGCUGGUUUGUCAACAACUUGUAGUCAGAAAAUUCACAAUCAAUUGGUUGGAGUGGAGUCAAUGAAUAAAGACAGCAAAUAUGUAUUGUUUUUGGAUGAUGAUGUGAGGCUACAUCCUGGAUCAAUUGGUGCACUCACUCAUGAAAUGGAAAAGAAUCCUGAAAUAUUUAUUCAAACUGGAUAUCCUCUUGAUUUGCCAUCUGGAAGUUUAGGGAGUUACUGCAUCUAUGAAUACCAUAUGCCUUGUUCAAUGGGAUUUGCCACUGGUGGAAAAACAUUCUUUUUGUGGGGAGGGUGCAUGAUGAUGCAUGCUGAAGAUUUUAGGAAAGAUAAUUGUGGUGUAGUCUCAGAACUUAGAAAUGGUGGAUAUUCUGAUGAUAUGACUCUUGCAGCCAUAGCUGGGGCUCAUAAAAAGCUCAUUACGUCUCCUCCGGUUGCGGUCUUUCCUCAUCCACUUGCAAGUGAUCUUAAUUUUGGAAGGUACUGGAAUUAUUUGAGGAAACAGACAUUUGUUUUGGAAUCAUACACAACGAAAGUUAACCGUGUGAUGAACCGUGCAUUGUUCGCCAUUCACUGUUAUUUGUCGUGGGGAUUUGUAUCGCCAUACAUUAUGGCGUUAGUUCAUGUUGCAGCAGCACUACAAUUUUGGUAUAAGGGUUACUCAGUUGACGAAAUGGACUACACUUCUGGUGGGUUAUCACUGGUGUACUUCCUAGGCAUAUGCACUUUUCUUGAGCUUCUUUCAAUGUGGAACUUAACAAGGAUAGAAGUUCAACUUUGCAAUAUGUUGUCGCCAGAAGCACCUCCACUUUCUAUUGCUAACUAUAAUUGGUGUCUUGUAUUCAUUGCUAUGUUGGUGGAUAACUUUCUAUAUCCUAUAUCUGCGAUUCGAUCUCAUUUCUCUCAAUCUAUUAAUUGGUCUGGUAUUCGAUACCAUUUGAAAAACGGGAAAAUCUGCAAGAUAGAUAGGACUCAACCAAACAAGGAUAUGGCUCCAGUUUUCACAGACUUGGGAGGAAAACUUUUACAUGGAAGAAUCGGGUUUCCUACGAAAGGCUCAUUGCUUAAUUCAUUGUCCAAAAGUUUCAAACAAUCCCGUGAACCGAAGAGAACUGAAUAA